GGGUCCCGCAGGCUCGCGGCUCGGCGCCAUGCUGGACAUGCUCACGGACCGGCUCUCCUCCAUGUGCCUGCUCCUCAACCUGGCCCUGCUCUACCCCACGGCCGCGCCCCUCUUCCAGCUCAGCAUGGCCCUGGACGUGGCCAGCCAUUGGCUGCACAUGCACUGCACCACCCUGGAGGGGGGGCGGAGCCACAAAGCAGUGGGGGGGACGACGCACCCCGUGCUGAGGCUGUACUACAGCUCCAAGGCGCUGCUGUUCCUGCUUUGUGCAGGCAAUGAGGGGUUCUAUGGGUGCCUUUACCUGCUGCACUUCGGGGAGGGGCCGGCCGUUUUGCCGGGGGGGCCGGGGCUGUUCCGGGCCAUGCUCUGGGUCACGGCCCCCUUGGCCCUGCUCAAAGGGGCCCUGAACCUGGUGCAGCUCGGGGGGGCGGCGCGGAGGCUGGCAGCGAUUGACCGGGCUGAGCGCGCCAAGGGGCAGUGAGA